CACCCAACCAGUCUGGGCCCGCUUUUAAUUUAUGUAGGCCGGACUAAGGAAUUCCUCGACCCAAUAAUAGCAUGGAAUCAUUGGAAGGCCCGAAGAAGGGUCCAUGGAAUCAUUUUUCUGAAUAUUCUGACCCGAAACGGCGCCGUGUAGUCGUACGGUAAACCAUACACGCGGACACUAGGUUUAUAUCGUUAAAAGUUGGUCGCCGCAAAGGCCGAAUCCCAAAAAACGUUCAACUCUAUUCACUCAGCACCAACCGGCGUCCCUCCCUCCCUUUCCCUCCGCCGCUCAACCGAACAAAUUUGUCUUCUCGUUUACAAGUUCCCCAUCAGCAGCGGAAUAAGCCAAAGCUUCCUUCCGGCGGAAAAUAUUGAGCCAUGUUGGUGAAAGUCAAAUCGGAGGGCAACUUGGAAGCAGCAGCAGCUCCUGGAGCUGCAAUCGGCGGGCAAAAGAGUAUCAGCAGCCGCAUUCCAGAGGAAGUAGUGGUAGAUGAGAAGAAGCCUUCAACUUCUAAAACGGGCAUUGUGAUUGCUGAUGAUCCAGAUGGAGUUCUUGUCGACGUCGUGACUUUUGCCGCCAUUUCUGCUGCUCCUGCUCCCCCGCCGCCAAACAAGGCUGCGGCGGCGGCUGAUUUGGACGCCACGGAGCACUCAAGUUCGUUCGAGGAAACGCUCUCCGACACGGAUAAAUGCAACAGCGAGGGGGAAGUGGAGUCGGAAUUUUUUGGCGAUGGCGAUAUUGCUUCUCCGUUCGAUGCUUUCAGUAGCUUGUUCUACUCCAGGAAGAAAAAGGUAUCUAAUCACUGGAGGAACUUCAUACGGCCCCUCAUGUGGCGUUGCAAGUGGGCAGAGCUCAAAAUCAAGGAGAUUGAGUCUCAACAGAUGAAGUAUUCUGGGGAACUCGCAGCCUAUGAACAGAGAAAACAAUCUGGAGUCUAUCAGUCAAUUCCUGUAGGGUUCUGUACAAAAUCUCUGCCAUUUUUGAAUGCAUGUAACAGAAGAAAGUCGAAGAAGAGGCGAAAGAGAAAGAGAGUCGAGGACUCAAUGGAUAUAUCAUCAUCGUCGUCUUUCUUUCCUGAUCAUCCGAUUUUUUCUUACUUUGAAAGCAAGAGGGCUACUGCAGAUGGAGCUGCUAUGGUUGAUGACUUUGAUCCUAUUGCAUCGACAGACGCACCACGUACCGACACCAAAGACGAAUUCGUGGACACCAGCGUCGAGCUGCCAUUUGCAUUUGGAGACUCCGACGCCUAUGUGGAGAACAUCCUGCUGAAAAUCGAAUCGGUGCACUCUCACGUCCACAAGUUGAAGGACCAGCUCGAUUCAGUGAUAACGAACAAUGCCGGCAAGUUCUCUUCAUGGGACAACCUCUGCCUUCUAGCGUCUUGUGGCGGCGAAGGGCAGACGAGCUCAGCUCCAAGCCCCGUGUUAUCGGUUGGGUUCGAUGGCGAGACGAUGUCUCCCUGUGGUGGUAGGUAUACGGCGGGAACUCAGCCUGGGUACGAUAUGAGCGAACUGGUUCUGCCUGGUAGUGCAGUGUCGAGUUUCGGAGAGGCUGUCCAUGUUCCUGAUAUUAUUGAGAGCACGGUGGGGAUGCUGGCUGAUGCUGAAGUGACGUUCCAUGAGCCGCAGAUGGACCAUCCCUGUGAAGAUGUGCUGGAAAACGUCGUGAUAAAAAAUGAAGCAGCGGAUAACACAGAUGCUUUCAUGGGGAGGACGAUGAUGACGACAAGUUGUAAAGUGAAAGAAGAGGAGGAGCAUGAUCAUGGCAGCGAAGCGAUGGAGAAAGGCGACAAACCAGCAGCGGAAGAGGAAGAAAAGAUCACUAAUGGUCGUCAAGUUUUAAUUACCACCUCCAAGACCGAGGAAUUGGCAACAAGAGGGGAAUCGGCGGCGGCGGCGACUCUGAAAUCGUGCUUGGCGUUAGAUGUGCAAAUCCCUAGGAACAAGAGGAAGCGAGGGGAGCGGAAAGCUGGGCCUGGAACUGGCGGGUGGAACAAGAAAUCCUCAGGUGAUGAUGAUGCUCCCCAUAAUUAACUACUGUUUAAGCUCUAGUUCAUCCAUGUCCUUCCUCGAUGAAUACUUUGUUAUCAAGAACGUCGUCAUGGUUUUCUUUUCACACAGUUGUUAAAUCAUGGUUAUGCUAUAGUUUCCCGCCUUUUUUUUCUUUUGUCCUCUUGUAUUCCUGAGAUCAUGGUGGUUUUGAGCCGCCGAAACUUUUACUGCCCCGGGCGGAGAAAUCGAUAGAAUAGAACUGAAUUGCCGCCGGAUGCUUGUGGCGGUAGGAUCCCGACAUCUGCCUAACCUAACAGACGCUGGGAAGGGAAAAAUAAAAAAUGGCGAUUGGGCUGGCAUAACUUACGUGGUGAUUAUGGGCCUGGCUCGAAUAAUAAAUCAAACUAAUUUGU